AUGAAAACGCCAGCGCUGGAACCAGGACUGAGCUCUGUAGCCGCCUACGGUUGGAACCGCUGGACCAGGCGUCCUGCGGGCUGGAGAGAGCCAGCAGCUGGGCUGGCCUCAUCGCGGCCCCGGCCACGCCUUUUCCGCGGUGGGAACCACCCGGAAGCCUACAUGCUUCCCAAGGGGAGGCCCUCGAGGAAGAAGCUGUCGGGCCGGGAGGGCGGGGAGGGCGCGCGACGGUCGGACGCGACGGCGGGAGGAGGCGGGAGCAGCGACGGCAGCGGGCGGGCAUCCCGUAGCGGCGGUCGGGCCCGGCGGGGGCGCCAAGAUCCGGGGCUGGGGGGCGCCGCGCAACGCGGCGCGGGGGAGUCGCGAUUGGAGGAGGCGGUCAACCGCUGGGUGCUCAAGUUCUGCUUCCACGAGGCGCUGCGGGCCUUUCGGGGUAGCCGGUCCGGGGACUUCAGACAAAUCCGGGACAUCAUGCAGGCUUUGCUUGUUAGGCCCUUGGGAAAGGAGCAUACCGUGUCCCGACUGCUACGUGUUAUGCUGUGUCUGUCGCGCAUUGAAGAAGGGGAAAAUUUAGACUGUUCCUUUGAUAUGGAGGCUGAGCUCACACCACUGGAAUCAGCUAUCAAUGUGCUGGAGAUGAUUAAAACGGAAUUUACAUUGACAGAGGCAGUGAUCGAAUCCAGUAGAAAACUGGUCAAGGAGGCUGCCCCAGGCACUACUACCUUGGCAGUAGUGGUGGCCCAGUGA